AUGGGAAUUUCUCUCUUAACAGUAUCUAAAAUUGUAAAAAAGUUUAAAGAAACAGGCAAAAUUAAUGAUUUGCCAAGAUCAGGUCAUUCUAAAAUUUUUUCUUCUGAUGAAGAAAAAUUAAUAUGUGAAAUGAUUAUUCCAGGGCAAUGUAAAAUAGCAGUUGAUAUGCAUGCAAAGUUUUGUUGUGAAACAAAUAAAAAGAU